AUGGAAGAAGAGCUGGCCAUGCUUAGGCAAUUCAUCGGUCAGCUUCAAGACCUUUUCAAUCUUUACGGCUCUCCUCUUCCUCCUUUUGAUUCUCUUCAACUCCUCCACUUUCAUAACCAGCAACAAAACCAUAACAACAACGACAACGACAACAACAACAACGACGACGACAACAACAACAGGUUUUCUGCUCUUUUCUUUUCUUGGUUUCAAGGUUACUUUAUUGAUAACAAUAAUCAUUAUCAGAACUUUUGGGAUGUUAGCAUAGAUCCGUAUGCUGGUGUUGAUUGGGCUGAUACUUUUCAAGUACACUCCUUUGCUUUAACAUAUGUGGUUAACAUGGAUAUCAGAAAAUGGUGCGUCCUCAAUCUUGAUGAUGAUUCUGCAGAUGAUUACUGUAGUCUUGUGAUGGCGGCUGGAAAAUCUGGAAGUUUCAAGAUGUUGGAACCUUGCAAGCCUCCACCCUCCAAGAAACCUCGAAAGGAGCGGAAUCGAGGAAAAUCAAUUGGAACUACCAGUUCGACUGAGGUUAUGCAACAAGAAAUUUGGAAAGAAUUCCCAGAAGACCUGUUUGAAGCUGUUAUUGCUAGACUUCCGAUUGCUACAUUUUUCCGCUUCCGCUCAGUUUGUCAAAGAUGGAACUCCUUGCUUGACUCUCAAAGUUUCUCUCAGCAUUGUGCCCAAGUUCCACAAGCCAACCCCUGGUUUUACACCAUCACUCAUGAAAAUGUGAAUUCUGGAGCCAUGUAUGACCCUUCGAUGAAGAAAUGGCAUCACCCAACUAUAUCUUAUCUGCCCACAAAGAUGAUCGUCUUGCCAGUUGCUUCAGCAGGGGGUCUUGUGUGCUUUCUUGAUAUUGGUCACAGGAACUUCUAUGUCUGCAACCCUCUGACUCAAUCUUUUAAAGAGCUGCCACCCAGGUCAGUGAAGGUCUGGUCUCGUGUUGCUGUGGGGAUGACUUUGAAUGGCAAUGCAGCCAGUGGGGGCUACAAGAUCUUAUGGGUGUGCUGUGAUGGAGAGUAUGAAGUUUAUGACUCACUGAAGAAUUCUUGGACCCGACCAGGAAGCAUGCCCUCUUAUAUAAAGCUACCCCUAUCCUUGAACUUCCGUUCACAAGCAGUUUCCCUUGGAGGUACGCUUUAUUUCAUGCGUUCAGAUCCUGAAGGGAUUGUGUCCUACAAUAUGGUUACUGGGGUUUGGAAGCAAUUUAUUAUACCAGCCCCGCUCCAUCUGAGUGACCACACACUUGCAGAGUGUGGGGGGCGGAUCAUGCUUGUGGGCUUGCUAACAAAGAAUGCAGCCACUUGCGUGUGCAUAUGGGAGCUGCAGAAGAUGACACUCUUGUGGAAGGAGGUUGACAGAAUGCCAAACAUAUGGUGCUUAGAUUUCUACGGAAAGCACGUUAGGAUGACAUGCUUGGGCAACACAGGUUUGCUCAUGCUGUCAUUAAGAUCAAGACAGAUGAACCGACUAGUUAGUUACAAUGUGGUGAGCAGGGAAUGGCUCAAGGUUCCUGGUUGUUUGGUGCCACGUGGGAGGAAGCGUCAAUGGAUUGCGUGUGGCACUGCCUUCAUCCCAUGCUUGACUGCUUCAGCUUAG